AUGCAUCUGAGGCCAAAAAUUCUUAGCUCAGGCAAACCAAUACGGGCUCCUGGAGCCAUUGCUAGUGGCUCGCAACGACUAAUUGCUUUUGCUCAUGAUAAUUGCAUAUCAAUAAUAGAACCCAACUCGAUCACUGUUAUUCAAUCUCUAAAUCUUCACGUUUAUCCCGUGACUCAACUAACUUGGGCACCAGAUUGCUAUGAUCAUGACUCCAAAAAUUCCUAUACUCAUAGACUCGCGAGCGCAGAUUUAUCUGGUCACAUUAUAAUAUGGAAUGUUUCGACUGCAAUUCCACUAGCCGAAGCCUCUGAACCGAAUGCCGAAGUUAUUGGCAUGCAUUGGAUUCCGAAUCAGGAUAUGUCUCGUGAUCUUUUACUUGUUCUUCAUUCAGACAAUAAACUUAUUUUAUGGAAUGCACAAACUUGUACGCCUAUUUGGAAAAAGGCCUAUAUACACAACAUUAAGUCAAUUACUUUUGAUCCUUUCUCAUCGCAUAAUCUAAUUCUAAAUGGAACAAAUAAGUUAUUCCUGGUGAAUGAUCUUUCUUGGCAUUCGCCUCCUGAGGCUCCGGAGAAACAGUUAUUUAUUUCCAAUUCAAGUUUGGAAAAUAAUGGACUUGAUGCAGCUCGUUGGGGUUUUUCAAAGUCUAUAAAAGCUACAGCUAAAGCUGUCAUUGGCAAGGGACUGAUCAAGUUAACAAAUUCUCAAAAAGAUUAUAGAAAGCUACCGGUAAAUCAUCAUAAUGCAGUCAGCGAGUCCCCUAUACAAAUUCUCUAUCAUGGAUUUCGUAAAGACCACGUUAUCUUUGUCUAUCCUCGAGAAAUACUCUUCUAUGACCUUUUUCUAUCUCAAUACGUCGGUGGUAUUCAUUUAGAUCAAACCUCGGCUUCAUUCGCUCAAGUUUAUUCCUGUCGCCAAGCAGACAUUUUAAUUUGCCUCCACCAGAAUGGCACAAUUAGCAUGCAUUACUGCCAUCCCCCAAGCACACUCGAAUUCACGCAAUCUCUCGCUGUUGGUGCAACUAUUUCACAAUCGCCAACUGACCUCAACUAUUUCUUCCUCUGUGAAUCGAAAUCCCUUCGUCGUGGGAAGAAUUUCAGCGUCGUUGCUAUGUCUGUAAAUCCUAGCACUGAGUUGGACAUCACUAUUGCUACUUCAGAUGGUCGGUUACAGCUCCUUACGAUAGAAUCUGACCUUCCCUCUCCUGACGGGUGGCCAGAGUGGACUCUCAUGGAUAUGAUGAAGUCAUUUGAUCCUGAACACUUAAAAAAUGGCUCAACACCUUUACGAGUUCGUUUCAAGGGUUUCUACAGUGGAGGAUCGCCAUCGCCUACUGUGUGCUCCGUUUGUCCAACUCACUUCCUCUUCCCUCUGUCCGAAAAGAUUAAACACGAGUCUCUCAUCGCUGUGGGUACUUCUCGUGGCACCAUUCAGAUCUGGGAGCUUCAUACCUCUAAAGUCUGGCGAGAAUAUAUGUUAGUCAACGGUCCUGUCCGUGGCUUAGCUUGGGGCACUCUACCAUCUCCUGACAACAAGGCCGAGCGGGGUAGCUUAAUUCUCUUCGUGCACAGUUGUCAAAUUUCUCCAGAUUCAGCUGGUGGUAAUCACGGAACAUCUUCAUAUGACAACAUUCCAUCUUCGAACGGAAUCAUUCCAAGUGGUGUCCGCAAUGUAGUGGUGCGCAUUGACCUUUUGACUGGCCAGCAGAGUCCAGUUCCCACUCAAAACCUCGACACAAAAGGUCUUCAUCUUCUCAAAACUGCCAUGCAACAACCUUCUUCCAUUAAACCUAGCAAAUGGCUCAACGCUGCUUCACAGAUGACUGAACAUGCCGUAGCUUGUAUCACGCCUAUUCGGUCUAUUAAAGUUAGCAACUUGGGACAAUAUCUUGCUAUUCUCUACGAAAACUGGCCUUUGGAGAUCUGGGAUGCUAGAAAGCUAGUUUUACUGAAGCUGUUCUCCCAGCAGAGUUAUCGGCCUGUCGCCCUCACCUGGUCUAACGUCAGUGUAACAAGUCAUGCGUCCUCACCUGGGGGCAAUACACCUGGAGGAGAUCAGUCACAUUCACCAAAUGGCGAUGCUUCCACCCAAGAAAGCUACCAUCGGGAGACGUUUAUCCUAUGCACUUCACCGCUCACUUUGCAGCUUUACACUAUGGAGGGCGCCAAUGCGGAUACUAUGCCUAUCUCUAAUACCAUGCAAUGCGCUCAAUUCUUGAGAAUAGCUGAAAUCUUAAAUCGUGUCCAAAGUCUUCCCCAAUACUCCAGAAAUGCCAUCACCUGUGCAUCAUGGCGUUCCCCCAUGAUUGCUUUUGGAAUGGCGGAUGGUUGUGUUGCAGUCCGCAAUCUCUCAACCAAAGAGACCCUCUCUCGGUAUAUGGGAGUCCUUGUCGCGGAUUCUAACUUUGGCGAUACACCAUCUUCUACACUUCCUGAUACUGUGGGCUUCUCCAGUAUCAGGAAAGGAGAUGUCAAUUCUCCGAGCUACGUCAAAAAAGUGGAAUUCUUGUUCUCGGGAGGGUCCUCGUGUCGGCUGCUCACACUAUGUAAUGGCGGCAUCGCUGUAUGGGAGCCUAAACAGAUGGUAUUGCUGUGUGCAGCGCGUUUCGGCACAAGUCCUCAGAGGGUAUUAAUUGAUGCAGCCUGGACGAACACCGUCCUUUCACCCGCCCACCCCUCACCAACUUGUGUUCUCCUUGCUCUGGAUGGUUCUUUGCGCCUUGCAGCUGCUGGUUCGGCUGCUUGUAAUCGAUCUCUAGUUGAUCCGAAUGCAAACCUCUCAUCUGAUGGCGAUGACUCUCUUGAGGUAUCAGACGAGUACCUCCCUAUCUCAUAUUUUGAGUUCAAUAGUUCCAUUUCUAGUGAUUUGGAUUGGAAUAGUUUUCUCUACCUGCCUAGUCUUCUUCCAGCAAAUAUUGCCCUCACUAUACGAUACCUCCUGCAACACCAACCUUGGCAUUCCACAUCUGUUUCCACUGAUCUGGAGGAAACCAGUCAGACGAAAGGAGAAGGUGAUGAGGGGAGUAAGAAAGGACAGGUGUCUUCUAUAGAAAAUGGAUCCAACUCUAGCAAUAUCAUCCUCUCCUGUCCUCCACUGGGUCUUAACUUUGCCAAUGUCCAGUCUGCUGUUGAUCGGUUCUUUGCUGAAUUCAGGAAGGCAAAGCAUUUAAGCGCACCGUUUCAGUCGUCUCAACUGACUAUUGUGGAGAGGUGUCUUCUCGCAGCUCAGUUGUUUGGAGAUACCUAUGAGACAGAUUUUUGGCGAGUAGUGGCCUACCAAUUGUUGGCGGCUCCCGGUGAUGAGAAGAGGAGAGAGCAACUCUCAGGCCGAUGGAAACGAUUUGGACUCACUGAUCUGGUCUGGGAUGAGUUGACUGAAGAAGCGUCCUACAGAUCUGCGUUGGUGGAAAGGGUCGACAGACUCGUGCAUAAUAAUUCACCGGAGCAGAGCAAACUCUGGUAUGAAAAAGAGUCUAUCAAACAUCUGGCUGAGACACCGACUAGCUCCAACUCCUACAGUUUCAACAUUCACCGCGCUUGUCUUCUAGCCUCACAGAGCUACAUUCGGGAAUUGGAGGCAGCAGCAGUAGCAGCAGAGGGAGGAGAGAGCAGUGAGGCCGUCUCCACGGCGAAAUUGAACUACACCAGCUCUGUGAAACUGCUGGCAGCGAAUCUCAUCUCAAAUGGCCAUCUCUUUGAUGGUGUGGAGAUGCUCUGUAUGCUGGGAAUGCAUCUUGAAGCCUGCCGAUAUCUGGAGACAUAUAACGAAUGGGGAACAGCUAUUUGGCUAGCUAAGUGUAUGCUAAGCAAAGAGGAGUGCGAAGGCGUGCUUCGUCGUUGGGCAACCCAUCUCGCAACCACCGCAAAUCGAAAGACCUUGGCAAUACUAGUGCUAGUGUAUCUCGGUCAACACUCUGCUGUCCUCAACUUACUGCUUACCCUUCGACAGUAUCAGCUUGCUGCGAGGUACCUUGAAGCCUGUCAGGAAUGCGGAGCUGUCGAAAAUGAUCCCGAAUCAGAAAAUCUUCAUUCAAAGGUGUUUUUGGAGUUCGCCCGUUCUCUAAUCAGCAUGGGACAACGAGAAUCAGCACUCUAUUAUGCAGGAUUGGCGGGUGAUUUGGGCAAAACCCUGCGAGAUGAAAUUGACUUUCUUCUGAACUAA